AUGGCGGCGAGUCAGGGAGGAGCGGCAGCCGCGGCGGUCCUGCAGGGCCAUCACUAUCCAGCCGGACCGCACUGGAGCGCGAGCGGCGCGCCGCCUCAACCCCAGCCGCCGCACACCGCGCGCAGCCUGGACCGCGCGCUCGAGGACGCCGCCAGCUCUGGGGUGCUGAACAUCAGCGGGAGGAAACUGCGUGAUUACCCAGGACUCAAUUAUGAUCUCACGGACACCACGCAUGCAGAUUUAUCCAAGAACCGUUUUGGAGAGAUCCCUCCUGAAGUGUGUAUGUUUGCACCGCUGGAGUCGCUCAACCUCUACCACAACUGCAUAAAAAUGAUUCCAGAAGCCAUCGUCAACUUACAGAUGCUUACAUACCUCAAUAUCAGUCGGAAUCAACUCUCCGUGCUGCCCAAGUUCCUGUUCAAUCUGCCACUCAGAGUCCUGGUGGUCGGCAACAACAAACUGCUGUCCAUUCCAGAUGACAUUGGCAAAGCCAAAGACCUCAUGGAACUGGAUAUAAGCUGCAAUGAAAUUCAGGUGCUUCCUACUCAGAUGGGGAAACUCCAUGCCUUACGAGAACUGAACAUCAGAAGAAACUGCAUCCAAGUCCUUCCUGAUGAGCUGUCUGAUCUGCCAUUGAUCAGGUUGGAUUUCUCCUGUAAUAAGAUAACAGAAAUCCCUCCAUCUUACCGUAAACUCUGCCAGAUCCAGCACAUCAUCCUCGACAACAACCCCAUGCAGUCCCCUCCUGCACAGAUCUGUCUAAAGGGAAAGAUUCAUAUCUUUAAGUAUUUGAACAUGCAGGCAUGUCGGCUGGAGAAGAAGCCUGACUCGCUGGAUCUGCCCUUGCCUGGCAAACGGUGUUUAGUGCAGCAGCUAACCGACAGCAUAGAGGAUUUUUACCCUAGUAAGAACCACGGACCUGAUUCAGGUAUUGGCAGUGACAACGGUGAUAAGAGGCUAUCUACUACAGAGCCCUCGGAUGAUGACACGAUCAGUCUACACUCUCAGGUGUCGGAGACGGCACGGGCUGAAGCCCAUUCUCUCCUCUGCAAACUGGACUCGAACAGAGAUCAUGACUCGUAUGACUUCAUUGACCCAAACCCAGAUGAAGAUGUCGCCCUAUGUGAAGUUGACAUGCAGCAGCAUGCACCCUACAUCACCUGUAUAAAGGAGCUGGAGAGGGUUCUUAAAACACACCAAAGCAAAGACCAGGAGAACUGGAAGGAGGAAUCUGGUUCAGAGAAAGAGCAGCUUGGUGAGGAAGAUGACGAUGAGUUGAAGGAAGUUUUGGAUCUUCGGAAGAUUGCAGUGCAGCUGCUUCAGCAGGAGCAACAGAACAGAUUUCUCAGUCAUUCAGGAGGAAGCGGCAAACAGAAAUCUUCCUCACAAACCAUUCGGAGUGCAUCACUGGAUGAGGGAAGCAGUACAUCCUCAGCAAUGUGUGGACAGGACGGCAACCUCACAGAUGAAGACACCGCUUUCUCUGAGCCUUCUUUAUCCUGCUCGUUUGAUGGGAGUUUGAAAUCUGAGAAUGGCGACAGCGAGCCCAAAUGGCCAGAGCUUCCUCCCAUCCUGAACCAGAAUGAAGAUCGGAGACGAAACAAAUACCUGAGGAAGGACUACCUCAAGUACAAGUGCCAAAGUGCACGAAGAAACUCCACAGAGAAUGAUUGUGAGGAGGGAAUGCAUUCAACAGAUUUCAGCACAACGUUGACUGUCUUUGGCUUGAAGCCAAGAUCAGCAUUUUCCCGCAGUAGUCGUCAGGAGUAUGGCUCGACAGACCCCAGCUUCACCAUGAGGAGAAAGAUGGAGCAUCUCCGAGAGGAAAUGGAACAGAUACGGCUCUUGCGGCAGAACGUGGAGUCAAGGCUGAAGGUGUUGCUGCCUGAUGAUGUGGGUGCUGCUUUAAUGGAUGGUGUUGUGUUGUGCCAUCUGGCUAAUCACAUUCGACCUCGGUCCGUGGCCAGCAUUCAUGUGCCCUCACCAGCAGUACCAAAACUGAGCAUGGCAAAGUGCCGGCGAAAUGUUGAGAAUUUUCUGGACGCAUGUAAGAAGCUUGGAGUGCCGCAGGACAAGUUGUGUUUGCCUCAUCACAUUCUGGAGGAACGAGGUUUGGUGAAAGUUGGCAUUACCGUUCAAGCCUUGCUGGAUUUGUCGUCACCCAAGCCGACUCAGACAUCCACCAUGUAGCACUGAAACUGGGAUAAGGCUCCCAAAAAACCAGGAUAACCGGGCAUUCCCUAGCAUAGUCAUUCCUGCCUUACAUCCCUUUGAGCUCUCUGCUAUACCCUCUCCUUUAGCCUCUGAACUUUGACCAUGGGAAAGCUCUCUCUAAGCAGACUCAACUACCCCUGCUAGAAGCCACAACAGAAAGGUCUGGAACCUUCUAGCCUUAAUCUAAUGCCACAUGAGCUACUGAGAGUGUGACCAAGAAAACGAGAGAGAGAGACGAAGAGAAAAUGAGAGUAGGCUGAUGUAGAAUAUUAUCCACUGAGGUAGAGGACUAACUGAUCUAGGAUAGUGGAUUUUUAUUUAUUUAUUUAUUUAUUUUUGUCCAUCUCUGGUUCCAUACAAACAUUUCACAAAUGUUGCGCAAAUGGAAAUGGGAUUUAUUGUGGCUGCUCGUCUAGCUAGCCAAGACCACUUGCCAGACAUGUAACACAGGCAGCAUACUAUUUUAACAGUAGAGCGGUAGUGAGUUUUAUGCCCAGGUCAGACGGCAGGCUGCAACUAGUUUAACUACUUGCGUCUGACGCAGAUAAUGGCAGAGGGUCUUUAAUAGAGGCAGGUUGACGCAAGUGAAUCACGAUUUGUUAGCAUUUCAGCUGCGAUUCGCUUCCAGUUGGUGCAAAUAUCAGGUUGAUGCAUGUAGAAGCACCCGGUCGUGCAACGCUUGAGCGAUCAAUCACGGGUUGAAGCAGUUUGGAGUAGGGAUGGCGAAAAGUAAAAAAAAAUCUCGACCGACCACCGAGCCUCAUUAGCCGGUUAAAGGCCCAAUCCCAAUUCUAAUUUCUACCCCUCCCCCUACGCCUACCCCUCCCCCUUCGCCCUUCCCCUUGAAACUGAGCUACAAGGGAUAGGGCUUGAAAUUCAACCCCUACGUAUUGGGAUAGCCCUUCAACGAUCGCAUACGUCAUCGCGUACCUCCGUCAGCGUUUACGUUAGCAAAACGCGACCAAAUGCGUCAUUGGCUGCGACCAGCCGCUACAGUCAGAGCCAGAACCAGAAAUCUCUGCUGGCAGGGUGUGAUUUGUUAACUAACACCACUGAAUGGGAUAUCUUUGGCGCUUCGUGCACCACAUCCGACAGAAUGAGGUGUCAGAACACUCAUGUAAACAAUAAAAGCGAGAAUAACAGAACAAAACGUACGCAGUCAAGCAACCGAAAACAAUACUCACUCCCAAAGCUUUUUAGCAGCAGCUUGGAUUUCAGAAAUCGCUGCUCAUUCUCAGCUUGAAAGCGAAUCAAGCGGCGUGUUUCCUCUGGAUAACAAAACACGUAAAUAAUGGAGAAAAUACAUUUAUGACAAUCUUUCGCCGCGGGAACCGCCAUCUUUCUGAAAUCCGCAUGGCAUUGUGGGAAAUCACUCAAACCCCUUCGUUCGGAGUCAGCUCCAGGAAAAUCUCCGUUUGGAGGGGUACAGAAGCCCUACCCCUUCCCCUCCCCCUCCGCGUUAACUGGGAUUGGGAUACCCCUACCCCUUCACGUGAACGCGCAAAAUGGAGAGGAAGGGCCAAGGGGUUGGUCCAAGGGGUGAAAUGGGAUUCGGCCAAAGUCGGUUAACUUAUGAGUUUACAGGGAUGCAAACAUUUUCGCGGAAGCUGCGCAAAUGUGCGCAGCUUUCUGAUUUACUGUUUUCUUCUCAUACUUCCUAUGUUUCAUGGACUGUAACAGCAUUUGCUUAUUUAGUAAUUUUAAUACAGAAUUUACUCUGAUGAAAUUAUUCAGACACUCCAACGCCCCCCCCCCCAAAAAAAAAAAAAAUUCGGAUCUGCGCGAUUCAGCUGUGAAAAAGUCGGCAUCUGUGCCUUUAGUUUGUAUGGAGAGAUAUGAUCUGCAAUAACAUGCAUUGUUGGCUACAGACCGAAACAUACUUUCAGAAUGCAUUGGCCAAGGCAGGACUAAACUCGAUGUGCCUUCUAAUAAUAAUUAAAAAAAAAUAGUAAUUUGUAAGCUAAAAAGCCUGUGUCUACACUUUUCUUUCGCCGAGUGGCAGCAGGAGGGCGGGACAUGACUGAAUGGGUGUUUCUGAUUUGUCAGCUGUCUUUAACUGGGGCGGGACAUGACUGAAUGGGUGUUUCUGAUUUGUCAGCUGUCGUCCUUACACGCCAUGGCAUGCCCCAAGCGUUUACAACACAGAAUUCCAGGUUCUCCGCUCCAAAAUCGGCAGCUUCAAAACGAUUUUUUUUUUUUUUUUAACCGACAACCCAAAAAAAUUAACCGGUUGACGUUGAUUCGGUCAACCACCGGUCAAACGGUCAUCGGUUAACAUCCCUAGUUUGGAGUGUGUGGAGAGGAAGGCAAAAACGUACAUUCACACGAAUGUAGGACUUCUACAAUACUCAGUUUAUUAACUUACUGUACUACAGCAAAAUUCUGAGUUAAUUUCCCAGUGUUAAGCAAAAGUGUUAAAAUAUAGGAGUUGAAAUGACCCUUUAGAAAGUGUUAACACUGUAGAUAUUGGGACAAGAACACCAGCAUGGUGUUAAAAUUGACUCUGAGUUGAUUUAACACUAAAAUUUUCUGCGUAGGGCAGCACGGUGGUGUAGUGGUUAGCGCUGUCGCCUCACAGCAAGAAGGUCCUGGGUUCGAGCCCCGGGGCCAGCAAGGGCCUUUCUGUGCGGAGUUUGCAUGUUCUCCCCGUGUCCGCAUGGGUUUCCUCCGGGUGCUCCGGUUUCCCCCACAGUCCAAAGACAUGCAGGUUAGGUUAACUGGUGACUCUAAAUUGAGCGUAGGUGUGAAUGUGGGUGUGAAUGGUUGUCUGUGUCUAUGUGUCAGCCCUGUGAUGACCUGGCGACUUGUCCAGGGUGUACCCCGCCUUUCGCCCGUAGUCAGCUGGGAUAGGCUCCAGGUUGCCUGCGACCCUGUAGAAGGAUAAAGCGGCUAGAGAUAAUGAGAUGAGAUGAGAUUUUCUGCGUACAUUUCAACCUUAUCAUACCCGGUUGAACGGCUCCAUCUUAUCAUAUUUGAACAAAAUAUAGAGGUCACACAUUCCCUAAACGUUACUCGAGUUGAAGAGCGAAAAAGAGCUCAUUAACAGACACCCAUUUCCAGCAAGGUGCACGGCUCAACUAACAGAAAACACAAGCGCGAGCUGGUAACACGACAUGUCUUAAAGGCACAUUUCACAAUUUCAACUGUUUACAACAUCUGACCACAACGGAUUUGGCGCAAAACGCCUGCGUCCACUCACCACCAAAUCAAUCGCAGGUCGCAGCAUGCGUCUUUCUGCCAUCUGACCUGGGCAUUAGAUUUACCUUUGGGAAAACUGGCCACAUCAUUAUUUAUUUGAAAAACGUUCAGUCUUUCUCAUAUUUCCUUUAACCAUUGGGCAGCUUUGGCGUAACAAAGUUUGUGAUAUUUAGCCAUUCUCACAAAGGUCAAUGGAAGCUUUACUUCUCACUCUCUCUCGCUCUCUUCUAUUCCAUCUUCCUUCAGUCCACUCUGCUAAACCAGGGAGCCCACAUGGAUAAGGCCUUGAAGAAUUUGGACAGCUGAUUGGCUGAUAUGGAGCAAUGGGCGGACUUUAUCACAUAGAACAGAAUGCCCUCCUCCUGCAUGAAGCCACUAAAUCCAUCAAAAUGGAGACGUGUUUGGAAGAAUUCCUUGUACAUGCAAGAAGAACACAGAUUUUAAGUUGUGGACAGGAGAAGAGAUGGUCAUUAGUGUGUUUUCUUGAAUGCCUGAACAGAAAGUGUGGACUGUACAGAUGAUAUUGCUGGUGGAGUAAAAGCACACUCAAAAAAGGA